AUGGCCCGCAGGCAGGCGCGGGCAGCGGGCAGCGGGCGCUGGCUGCCCUGGCUGGGGUUCGCCUUGCUGCCGCUGGCCGUGCCCCCCGCCGCCGCCCCCGGGGGCUGCCCGUCUGCCUGUUACUGCGUGGCCACCCCGGAGCUGGUGCAGUGCCGGUACGAGAGGUUGGAGGAACCACCGAGGGAGCUGCCGGCCACCGUGCACAACCUCAGCAUCGCCGGCAGCAACCUGAGCGUGCUGCACCGCGCUGCCUUCGCUGCCCGCCCGCUGCCAGACCUCCGCCUGCUCCGCUUGCGCCACGACAACAUCCAAACCAUCGAGGACAUGGCCCUGCAAGGGUUGCCCGCCCUGCGUACCCUCGACCUGAGCCACAACCCGCUGCUCUCGGUGGCCGCCGGCGCUUUCGCCGGCGUGCCGCUGCUGCGUACGCUGCAGCUGAACCAGGCGCUGCUGGCCGCCCCGUUGGAGGAGCAACUCACCUUGGCCCUGCGCAACCUCAGCCUGCGGCGCUUGGAGCUGGCGGGCAACGCGCUGCGGGCGCUGCCGGCCACCCUGCUGCCCGCCGGCCUGGAGGAGCUGGACCUGCGUAACAACUCGCUGCAGCGGCUGGUGGCCGCCGAGCUGCGGAGCCUGGAAGCGCCGGGGUUGCGGGGGCUGCGGCUCACGCUGGGGGCCAACCCGCUGAGUUGCGACUGCGCCCUGCGCCCGUUCCUCGCCUGGCUGCGCACCGCCGCCGCCCGCGUGCCCGACGCCCGCAGCCUGCACUGCGCCGGGCCGCCCCUGCUACGCGGGGCCACCCUGCUGCACCUGCGGCCCGAGGGGCUGGCCUGCGCGGCCGCCGAGGGCGGCGAGCCCGGUCGGCUGGAGACGGCCUCUUACGUCUUCUUCGGCAUCGUGUUGGCCCUCAUCGGCAUCGUCUUCCUCAUGGUGCUCUACCUGAACCGCCGCGGCAUCAAGCGCUGGCUCCACAACCUCCGCGAGGCUUGUCGCGACCAGAUGGAGGGCUACCACUACCGCUACGAGCAGGACGCCGAUCCCCGCUGUACCAGCGCCGUCGGCACCCCCGGCCUCUGA